ACUCAGCCGAGCCUCCUUAAAACUCUGCCGUUAAAAUGGGGGCGGGUUUUUCAACUCAAAAAGCGCUCAAUUUUUUUCUUUUCAAAAAAAGCUGAUGAGGUCGGAAAAAAGAGAGAAGAAACCGGCACCGUCUCUGCAGCGGUAACAGAAGCAGCAAUUGUUUGAGAGAAAAAAGAAGCCAGGGAGGGAGGGAAGGAAAAGAGCUCAAAGAAGGACAACGCACAAGUGUCUGUAGGGUUGAAGAGAGCAGGGACCGGCGAUUUGGGGGGACCAGCUACAAAAGAAACUGUCACUGGGAGCGCUGCGGCUCUGGAGGAAGCAGCGCUGCCCGGCUCGGCUCUAGGGUGCAGUUAGGUGGCGGCCGCUGCCCUGUCGGCGGCACAGGCUGGGGACACAGGCCGGGGGACUGCGAGAGGUUGGCGAAGUGGCACCGGGUGUCGGAGCCGCUGGGCUCUCGCCGAGAGGGCGGCGGACUGGCUGCGCUCUGACAUUGUGGCGACUCCCCGUACUCAGACCUUGGCCUGCGCUUCUCUGGUCGCUCCCGAUCUCCGGAGGCCCCCAGAAAACUGGGAAAGGAAGGAAAAGACGGCGGCGGCAGCUCAAUGAGAGUCUACAGUAGGAAGUCUGAACUGGCUCGGUCGUAGGCGGGAAGUUACCGGUGGGCUGCCCUGUGCAGCAGCGAUGCUGCCGCGCGCUGCUCCGGCAGUCCGGGCCCCAUAGACGCUUCCCGCAUCACUCGCUCCUUUCCUCACGCUACUGGGAGUCCCGGGACCUGGUGGGGCCGGCAUGACCGACUUGCCCGGAGCCCGCCGCGCGCCCGGCCGUCUCCGGAGACGCGCUCCGAGCCUGGCUCCCACGGCCUCUGAGGCUCCGCAGGGCUGCGGCAGCCCAGCGGGCGGGCUACGGAGCCUUCCCAAGCGGCGUUAGCCAGCAGUUCGGCCCGGACGCGAAUAAAGCCUCCUCCUGAGAAGCGGAGGCUACUGAAGAGUCGUUAAGACCUAUAACUUGCGGGCCACGGAACUGCUACUCCCGUUUGCCUUUGGCGAUCAUCUUUAACCCUCCGGAGCACGUCAGCAUCCAGCCACCGCGGCGCUCUCCCUGCAGCGGAGGACUCAGGACUACCCCUUCCGUGAGACGGAUGGAGACCGAGCCCCUCCGAGGACCUGCCCCAGCGGUUCUGGCUCGCGCGGCUCAAGUCACCACCGUGAACAAGGGACCCUAAAGAAUGGCCGAGCCUUGGGGGAACGAGUUGGCGUCUGCAGCUGCCAGGGGGGACCUAGAGCAACUUACUAGUUUGUUGCAAAAUAAUGUAAACGUCAAUGCACAAAAUGGAUUUGGAAGGACUGCGCUGCAGGUUAUGAAACUUGGAAAUCCCGAGAUUGCCAGGAGACUACUACUUAGAGGUGCUAAUCCCGAUUUGAAAGACCGAACUGGUUUCGCUGUCAUUCACGAUGCAGCCAGAGCAGGUUUCCUGGACACUUUACAGACUUUGCUGGAGUUCCAAGCUGAUGUUAACAUCGAGGAUAAUGAAGGGAACCUGCCCUUGCACUUGGCUGCCAAAGAAGGCCACCUCCCUGUGGUGGAGUUCCUCGUGAAGCACACGGCCAGCAAAGUGGGGCAUCGGAACCAUAAGGGGGACACCGCCUGCGACUUGGCCAGGCUCUACCGGAGGAACGAGGUCGUUAGCCUGAUGGAGGGAAACCAGGCGGAGGGAGCUUCAAAUUUGCCAUAAAUGUGGGGAGGGCUCUCCCACACUGCCUUCUAUUUUGUCAGUUAAUUGGUUGGCUCUCCUAUUUUACUAUAACUUGUUAAAAUUCAGUUUUGUCAUAUUUUAAGCACCUAGUUAAAUCUUCUCAGACUGCAAAGUGGAAAUCUUACUACCGGUUUAUGAAUAUAUUUAAGCAACAUCCUUUCACCUGCAAAAUCCUGAGUUCUAACAUGUAAUUGCAAAUAGCUUUGGCUUUCUCCUGAAUAUGUUAUCUUGUCUUGACUUUUUCCUUGCUUCUCCCUUUGCCAGUCUCAAAACCCAACCUAAGAGACUUUGUUUUAAAAAUGGCCUGUCCUGAUGCUUCUUUUGUGUAAUUAAAACACUUUUUCAAAACAGGACAAUGUUUUUCUGUGAUUUCCACUCUAUUACCCCCACAUAAUUGCCACUUGCUAAGGAGAAGUGUACUAAAAGAUCACAAUGUUGUAAGUUUCAACAUUAGAAAAGUAGACCAAGUAAAAAACUAGACAUA